AUGACGUCAACGACUCCCACCGAAAAUAAGGCUACGUAUCCGAAAAGAACUUUAGAUUUAGUAGCAUUCAACUCUCAGUUGGAAGUGAUAGAAACUGCCAUUUCCAACAAUUCAAAGGCUCGGUUACAUUCAGCCCAGUACAACAAUGUCAACCAUUCUCGGUAUGGUGGACAACAUGGUCUGGGAUCUCAAAACCAGAGUCAACAGAGUAAAUAUGCGUUGGCUACCGUGGCUGCUGCUGCUGCAGUUCAGCAACAGCAACAACAACAUCAACAAAAGUACUACCAACAACAUCAAUCUCACCAUCCACCUCACCAGCUUCAACAACAGUAUCUGCUGUACAAACCGUACGGUGAUUACUACAAGUAUAAUGAGAAUUACAAGUACUCUUCAUACGAUGAGUAUCUGACCCCUUUAACCGGUGGUUCAAGUUCUAACUAUCACAAUGGUAAGCAAUUACCUCAUCAACUGAAUCAGAAUCUGCAACAUCAAUACCAAAAUCUGCACUUACAAUCGCAACUGCAACAACUGCAACAACUGCAACAUCAUCAUCAUCAUCAACAUCAACAACAAUUGCAACCACAGCUGCAAUCUUUUGAUGUCCAUAAUUUAUCUUCUACUUCAUCAUUGUUGUCUGAUUCAAACGGACAAGGAAACCAAGUUGGUCAAGCUUUUGAUUAUAAAAAUGUUUUCACUUUAAUGAACAAUAGUAACCAUUCUAUUUCAUCUCCUACGUUCCCACCGUUCAACCAACCACAACAGCAAUCCCAACAAAAGGAAUUCCUGCAAUUUUCUGGUAAGGCUACCUCUGGUUCAUUUUUCGAAGAAAAGGCUACUUCUCCAACUUCUAUUCAAUCACAAAGUACUACCCUUUCUAUGCCAAAGAAUAAUGUUGCCAACAAUUCUCCUUCAAGUUUGUUACUUUCAACGACAAUUUCAGGUUCUGUGUCGCAAAGUAACAUUGCACCACCUUCUACCGCCUCGUCAACUAGCACUACUGGGUUCCUCAACUCGUCACCUGCGUUACUUCCAACGACAACUGGUGGCGACUCGAUGUCGAACAAUUGGUCAGUUUUCAAUACGGCUCAGUCUGGACCUACAUUGAUGCAUUCAUCCAUUUGGGGGACUGGAUCAUCUUACUCUAACAAUUCGACCAUUGGUGGUUCUACGAAUUUAGGCUCUAAUAACUCGGGCAAGAGUACUUCUGUUUCUGGGAACUUUGGAAACUCUAGCAUGUGGUAG